AUAAUUGAAGACAACAUGUAUUGCACAUUGUACACACUACGCACUUGUUUGAGACCUAGGCGUACCAUGAAUGCAAUUAACCCUAACAACUCUAAUAACCUAACCUCUGGCUUUGGUCAUUCAAAUGAUAUGAAUUUUGUGAAAAGUAGUGAGAACCGUUUAGGUGAUUCCAAUAGUUUAUCGUCUGUUGAAUUAGCUCAAUUACCAAUGAACCCAAUGUAUACAGACGGCUCAACUGCAGAAACCGAUGUUUUGAAAGCGAAUUAUGGGAUUCCUGCUGAUGAGUGUUGGUUGUUCAAACCACCGAAGCAGCACCAAACUCAAGGUUCUGUUGAACCCAUAAGAACAUGGUUACGUGCGAUAUUUGAUUCGCCAGAUUCCUGCUUUUUCCAUUCGCGUCGAAAUCUCCUCUCCCGCCUCGAAGCGAUCAUUUUGGCUGGGGGACAAACUGAAGCAUAUCAGUUUGGAGGCAGUGUCCCAUCUCUGAAUCUUAUCACUUCAGGAUAUCCACCGCGUCCGAAUACAGGUCGUACAGAACAUUCUGUUUAUGGAUCUGUCGUAUCCAAUCGUCUGGUAACCGCUAGUUCAUCAGACAGUAUUUCGUUUCCUAGUCAACAGACAGUAACUAAUCCUACAAUGAACAGUGAGCAUGUUAACAUGAACACUUUCACACGUUCUCACAAACCAAGAAUAAGUUUACCACCUCAGUGCAGUGCAAGUAAAUCAGUAAAAAAUGGUUCUCAUAAUCCUAAUUCAUACUUGUCUAACUCUACUGGAGCGAACUUUUCUUUCAAACCGCCUAACAAGACUGGGUCAUGUGAUGAGCUAGAAACUACGUCUGCAAACACCAAUGUACAGGAAAUUGCUAGAAGACAAGAAGACACAUUAAAAGCAGAAGUUGCAGCUCUAGCAGCGGCAGCAGCUGCUGCCGGCAAACAUGGUAGUCAGCAUUCUCUUGCUUCUUUGUGUAGGAAUAGCCCACAUGGGAGCUACACAAACAUCGCUAGUGCUCCAGAAAGCCCUCACUCAAGCACAACAAAGCUAAACCAACCUCAGCAAAAUCACGACCAUUUCUAUGUAAAACAGUCUCUGUCGUUUUCUCAAGAGUUUGAAGGGCAAAUUACAAACCAGCAACCAACACAAGAUACUCAUCUUGUUAAUUAUUCGUCUCAUAGUCCUACUAGAAAAGACGUACUGUCCAACAUUCCUGCUCACGCUUCUAAUGUGGCGAACAUAAAACAAAACCCUUACAAAAUUUUGCCUCAAAAGCCUUUGCUCACAAAUAUUGUUCCAGAAAUGGGGAUGAAUCUAGACAAUCUCAGAAAAUUUCGGUUUCAACACAUCCAUCAUUAUAUCCUCUUGCGGUGAAUGCCACAGGAAACGUGUACAUGUCUUCGGCAGAACCUCGCAGUCAUUUUGGUUUUCGGCCACUACAACAAAUCUCUACCGGUCCAUUCAAUAAAACUGUUAAUUUAGGAUUAAGACGUACAUCUGAUGAUCAACUUUUAUCCUCCGGAAACCCAAACCAAUAAUUUUUCAGUCCGCUUUAGUCGAGUUCUAGUCUUUCUAGUUUGUUGUUACUUCGACAUCAAUUCUUCUUCUCAGAAUCAAAUGGCUAAUAUAACAUUAUGUUCAUUAUUAGUUAAUCAUUAUAAUACUUAUCCCUUAUGUUUCAAAUGCUAAUUGUCACUGGCUUUUUUGCAAGACUUCGCAUUGUUCAGAAAAGGCUCUCCAUUCGGCUUUUAGCUUUUUAUUUACAUUUUGUCAGCUUGCAUUUCUCAGCCCUAGUGAUUAUGUUUUUGAAAAAUUAAUAGCAUUUAAUCAUCUGGUUAUCUAUAUACAUAUAUAAUCCGCUCACUUAUAACAAGGUGCACUUCAAAAGCAUAAUGCAUUGGUUAUAACCAUUUUUGAAUUUAUUUCACAAAGUGUAAUUUGACAAUGUUUUUAUUUUGGCAUUUUGGUAACCUGGUAAACAUUUAUUAUUUGAACUAAUAUUUAUUUUUUUAAUUUCUCUAUACAAAAAGCUUUACUUGGAUAACUUUAAUUUGUACAGUUCAAUUUUCCUUCAAUUUAAGUUGUAACUUAUUUACUUGUAAUUUAUCUUGUAGUGGGUUUUUACCAAUGAUGGAUCCCGAUAUUCCAGGUAAGCUUUAUUCGAAAAAUUUCGUAAGUUUACUUAUACCGUUGCAUUCUCACUGACUUACACGAAUGUAUUUAUAGAUUGAUGGUUUCCGAUACACAUUUGUACCAAGUCCUGUGUUGAUGAUAACUGAAUGAGUUUAUUGAUUUUUGUAAGUAUUACUAAUUUAAAAAUAAUUUCCAUUCAUUUGUCACGUUUCAAGCGUAAUAAACUUUUUUUUAAUAUGAUUUAUUAGAAGCUAAACAACACUUGUUUUUAAUUUCACAUAUCAUCAAUUCUAUUCAUAAACUGGGUAUUUCAUCUCCAAUUAUCUGGAACCAGGAUUUCCUCACCACUAAAUACGGUGGUCGAGGUGUUAAUCUCUCAAGAAUGUUGUUAUGUCCUUCACUCGUCUUUUAAUCAAUCCUUAUCCACGUCGUUACUUUAUUUUAAUAUUUUCCGUCUUGUUGAAUUUUUUUCAUGUUGAUAUAAAGUUUCAAAUUUGGUGUAAACAAAUUUGUAGCACUUCUAGCGAUAUUAACGGGUUUAAUUUUAGAUGACUGAUUAUAGAUAUUUGUAUGUUCAACUUCGUACUCUCACUACAGAAAUAUAGACAUGUAAAUCUUAGUACUUCUAAAGGUUGUAGUAUAUAGCAACAAAACAGUAUAGCUGUACUUUGACUAAAUUUGUUACUUGAACACUUCAUAUUCUCCAGUUUAAUGUGUAAAAGUUUUACCUACCCGAUUGUUGAUAUUCUUGCUUGAACGUAUAUCUAAGAGACGGUCUUGAAUAAAACAAAACGCACUUUGUGGAUUCUACUUCUAAACACAUCCCAUCUAUUCUAUAGGAACUUCUUAUUCCUGUUUUAUUCGUAUAGUUUGUUCCGUAGUGCUACUUAUGCUUUUCUUUUCAGAAUUCAAAGAUAAGCAAACUGCUGUUGAGGAUACAUAUCGGCAAAUGCGAAAACUAUGUGAGAAUUACAAAUUGUUCGCGAAACCGGAUGACUUGGAUGAACUAUAUUCGACUAGCCUAAAUUUAAGAUAUAUCCAAGAUGAUUAUGAACUAUAAAACAUGAAUUAUCAGUCAUUAAAGUUAAUCGUCAAAUUGCUCGAGACGCACUUUUAGCUGCCGGAUUUCAAUGUCCCGAUGAUCCACCAACAUAGUUU